AUGGCACAAGCAAACGCUGAAAUCAUGGAGACGUUAUCCGCUAUGAUUGCAGAGGCCCUCAAAGUGUCUAUUGGAAAUGCCGUCGCGCAAGUGAAUACUAACCGACAAAAUGCGGUCGGGGAGGACGCCGGUCCACCACCAAAAAUUCCAUCUUUUACUAUAUCUGAAUAUCGCCCAUUAGAAGGAACUUCUGUUGCGGAUUACUUCAAUCGAUUCGAAUGGGCACUUCAACUAAGUCACAUCCCAGAACCGCAGUACGCAAACUAUGCAAGAGUUCAUAUGGGUGCUGAACUUAACAACGCUUUGAAGUUUCUGGUCAGCCCUCGCAACCCAGCAGAUAUAAAUUAUCGAGAUUUGCGUUCUACACUUAUUAGUCAUUUCGACCGCGUCAGAAACAAAUUCGUUGAAAGCAUUAAAUUCAGGCAAAUAGUUCAACAAAAGGGAGAAUCUGUCGCACAGUUUGGUCUACGUUUGAAGCAAGGAUCCGCAUACUGCGAAUAUGGAGAGUUUCUAGAUCGAAUGCUUAUUGAACAGCUGCUGCAUGGACUGGAAGCUCGAGAUAUGUGCGAUGAAAUUUUAGCAAAGAAACCCGAAACAUUCAAUGAUGCAUUCGAGAUAGCACACACUUUAGAAGCAACUCGGGAUACUGCACGGGAAGUCAACUCAGGAACAUUAACUGCUGAAGAAACUAAUAAGUUGGGCUACGAAAAUCUCAGAACCAGAAAGAAAGUUCAGAUCAAUCAACCAAAAGGUGAACAUUCGCGAAGCAAUACUCAUCAAAGCAGCAACUCAAGUCCUUGUGAUGGGUGUGGGGGCCAGCAUUUACGGAAUCAGUGUCGUUUUCGAGAUGUGAGAUGCCACAACUGUGAUAAAAAGGGUCAUAUUGCGAAAGUGUGUCGGUCGAAAGUGAAGAAUACAUCUGCGGACCAGGGCUGA